AUGUGGACUGCUGGCAUUGCGGCGGCCUGGGAGCCAAUUUUAGACAGACUUUUCAAGGAUGAUUUUGUCUCAAACGAAGACGCCGAACAGGCUCAUGCACACACGCACACACACGUACAGACGAGUUGCGGUGCACAACUGGGACUCGAACUGUCGAUCCGUCGACGGAGGGACAGGUCGAGGAGUGAGUUUCUGCCAGUUGUCCGUUGCUGUGCGCUUGCGCAGGAAAGCGGAUCUCGAGGAUUCGGUCUGGGCCCUGCUCGAACCCGUACCAAGUCCGAUGAAGCGCCACCCUCGGCGGUGCAGCCGCCCAGAGACAAAUGUCGAGACCGUCCUGGAGGGACAUGGCUGCAGCUCGCCCAGCAGCAACAGCCACCGGAUGCCAGACACGCAAACAAGCCCAUCCUCCGCAAAAACGUCGUCACGUCGGCGCACACCUUUCCCUCGUGCCACACUCGAGGGUGCCUAGCUCGAGUCUCGUCUCUGCAACCAAAGUGGGGCCAAAGUUGCGUGUCCUUGAGGACACAAGUGGUCAGUGCAUUCCGGAAGCUGGUUGCUGACACGAGACUCCCAUCUCGAGGGGACUCUCUUCCCGACAAGGUGAAAGGAGAACGUGAUUCUGAGUUGAAAGUCCACUCUUCUCCACAUCGCACGACACUCAAUCCAGACACUUGA